UUUCUUAUAAUUGAACAAAUAGUAAUAGUUUAAGAAGAAGAAAAAAAAUUGAUGAUGCGUAACGGGGCGGGCAGCCUGGCAGUCCAGUGCCUUAGGCUAGGCUAGCGUCUUGACUCCUGUCGUUUCCACAAUCGGGAAUUUCUCCCAAAUCUUUUUUCCUCAGUUUUUCACUCGUCCAGUCAUUGCUCCUCUCUGUUCUUUUCACGCUCUUUAACGCUACCAUCUUACUCGAAGCCACUCAAAGCCUCUUUGCCUCUUCCUCUUUCUUGUUCUUGCCUUGGGUACUGGGCUCCAUUUAUGGCAACCUCAGGUGAGUGUGAAGGUGAUGGUGAAGAAAAUGGGGAGCAAUUUCUAUUUCAACAAACCCAGAAGCUGCUUUCUUUAUAUCUCGGUGUUAGUUUCAGUGUUUUCUUGGCAUACCUUCCCGAGUCUUCCCUCGCUUUGCUGCCCAAGUUGCAAACCCAAACGAGAGAUAUCACAGCUAGGCUUUUAACGGCCGAAGAGCAGUUGAGGCAAAUGAAGUCUAGGAGAAAAGAGGACUCCAAAGCUAAUGCCAGAGUGGUCGAGAUCUUUGCCACCCACAGGAACGCGUGGCAAGCGGAGGAGAAACAGCUCCUGCAGCAGAUCCGGGAUCAGAGAGCAAAGAUCGAGGAGUUGGAGAGGGAGACCCAUGAAUCCAAGCGGAGAAUUGAGGAGCUCCAGGACAUUAUCGGCUUCAUCUCUACUACUAGCGGAGCUGCUGGUGGAGAACAACAACAAGAAGAAGAGCAACAAAUGGAGGAGGCAUUCGCUGCGGAAGACACCAGGGAUGACCAACUCAAGUUUAAUGGUGUCCUUAAUGUUGCUCACAAUGGGAAUUUCCCUUUCACUCCCGAUCUAUUAGCUUCUGCUUCUUCUAAGUUCUGGGCCGACAGAGCUACUGUCUGGCAGGAUAUACAGUGUGAAUCUCUUGAAUCUUUGUAUCAUAUGAAGCAUUUUGUUGCAAGAAGGGAAUCACCUUGGAAGGUAGAUGGUGAAUCAACUGGAGUUUCCUCUAAACUAAAGCUGCUCGAACAGGAACUAUUGAAUUUGGAAAAACUAGGCAAAAGUGAUUUUUCAAGGGUACCUUCAUUAAUGAGGAAGCAGGCCAGAAGAUAUCAAGCUCUUACUGCAAAGAUUGAUGAUCUCUGCAGAAGAAUGGCUAGUGAUCCCUCUGAACCUACACUCAGUGUAGAGUUUCGAACACAGAGGCAGACGGAGUUUUUGCUGGAAGCAUUUCGGCUUCAGCAGCAUGCAUCUGAAACUGGUCAAAAGCUAAUGGCAUUACAAACCGAGAUAGGGAAGAGUUACUACAAGGAUGAUAUUGGAAGCUCAGGGUCAGCCAAAGCGGGCACGAAACGAUCCAUGGAUUCCAUUAGAAACAACUUACAGGAAGUACAAAGAAACUUGGAGAUAUGGUUGGCCAGAAUUAUAGGAGACCUGGAAGGGAUUCUGGCCAGAGAUGGCUCUUGCUCUUCUCGUGUUAGGGAAUACUGCGUUUCUAGAUACAACAGUCAUUUUGUGCAGUAGUAGAAACAAAUAUUGGUCUAACAAAAUACCCUCUCUUAGUAAAUAUGAACUGAUAAUGUCAUAUAGUAGUAGUUCUAGUAGUUAAUCUGCGAGGAUGAAUUACAUUUCAAUUAACGGCCUUGUGUGUAAUUGUAAUAUUCCUUUUCGUCUCCA